GUGUCUGCCAUGGAUGCAUACCAGAAGCUCGAGAAGGUAGGAGAGGGAACGUACGGGAAGGUGUACAGGGCGAAAGAGAAGGCGACCGGGAAUAUCGUGGCCCUGAAGAAGACUCGCCUCCACGAGAACGAGGAAGGCGUCCCUCCCACUACUCUCCGAGAGGUUUCCAUCCUCCUCAUGCUCUCCCACGAUCCCCAUGUCGUCAGAUUGAUCGAUGUCAAACAAGGUCAGAAUAAAGAAGGGAAGACAAUACUCUACCUGGUCUUCGAGUACAUGGAAACUGAUCUAAAAAAAUUCAUCCGGAGCUUCCGUCAGACCGGAGAAAGCAUUCCUGCCAAAACAGUCAAGUGGCUUUACCGCUACAUGAUGUUCCAACUUUGCAAUGGUGUUGCUUUUUGCCACGGUCAUGGAAUCCUACACAGGGAUCUGAAACCUCAUAAUCUCUUGAUGGACCCAAAGACAAUGAUGCUUAAAAUAGCAGACCUUGGACUGGCUCGAGCGUACACUGUGCCAAUCAAGAAGUAUACUCAUGAGAUAUUGACUCUUUGGUAUAGAGCUCCAGAAGUCCUUCUAGGGUCUACCCAUUACUCAACCGCAGUAGAUGUGUGGUCUGUUGGCUGUAUAUUUGCUGAGCUCCUCACAACACAAGCACUGUUUCAAGGAGAUUCUGAACUGCAUCAGCUCCUUCACAUAUUCAAGUUAUUAGGUACCCCAAAUGACGAAAUGUGGCCUGGGGUAAGCAACCUAACUCAUUGGCAUGAGUACCCCCAAUGGAGACCCAAACAUCUUUCAACAGCUGUUCCUAACUUGGAUCAGGAUGGACUGGAUCUGUUGUCUCAAAUGUUGCAGUAUGAACCCUCCAGGCGGAUCUCUGCAAAGAAAGUUAUGGAACAUACUUACUUCAAUGAUCUGGAUAAGGACUCACUUUGAACAGAAAGCUACCUGGAUGGGAAAUCUUUCUGCUGGAUAUUAACAGAAAUUCUGUAGAAAACCAAAUUUGUUUUAUGACAGAAUUUGUAAUAUAUGUCAUUGCACAGAAUCCUCAUAAAAUAUUUUAAUGAACAUAUGGUUUUCAUAACUUUUCUUAGGGCUGUGUUAAACCAAAUUUAA